GUCAUAACCGUGUUCACGAAAUUUAUUAUACAAUAUUUGUGUUAGGAGUUGAUCGUGCAGAUCCGUGAUGAGUGAUAAGUAACUGGUGGUAAGAUAGACAAGAAGUACCGAGGGUCAUGUCGAAGGGACACGGGGUUGCUGGACAAGAAGCUUUCUUCUGAGGACUCAGAGAUAAAAGAAAUGGUAUAGUAUGACUGCUAUCAAGGUGCAGGGUGGUAUUGACAUUCUUCGUUUGCCAGUAAACGAGAAGGAGCACAUCUUCCCACCAUGGCAUGUUAAGUACACUCAAUCACAUAUACUGCAUUCAAAAUGUUCAAAGAGCGAAAAUGCUUGUGGCGAUAAUGAUGCUGAUGCCUGCCAAUUUUGCAUAUAUAACAGAACCCUAGAACUACCACACAUGCCAGAUAUGGUUUUUCCAAAUAAUAUCCUAACACUGAAGCACGUUAGUGGAGCUGUUUUGCAGUUCAAUGCAUUGGAUGCAUUAAGAAGAGUGUCCAAUGGAAAAAUUCAAUUACAGCUUGCAUGUGCAGAGGCCUGGAAGGAGUCCAGGGCAGAGAGCAGCGAGUAUCUGGAAGAAAAAGUGAAGCCAUUUGACUGGACAUUUACAACUGAUUACAUGGGUACUAUGACGGGAUUUGAAAUUCGAGAGACCGAUGAGAGAAUAGACGUAGAAAAACUCAGGCGCAAAGAAAAGAUUGUCUUUUAUCAUGACCUAACACUCUUCGAAGACGAACUUCACGAUAACGGCAUCGCAGUCAGCUCCGUAAAAAUUCGUAUAAUGCCAUCGAGUUUUUUCGUUCUGCUGCGCUACUUCCUUAGAGUGGACAAUGUAAUGCUACGCGUGGUCGAUACUCGCAUUUACCAUGAAUUUGGCUCUGACUAUCUUCUACGCGAGUUUACGUCCAGAGAGGCCAAAGUCCAGGAUAUUCACGUUCCUCCCACAUUGUUCGUGGAACCGAACGACAUAGCGCCGCAUUUGCCAGUAAUCAAUCGUUUUCAUCACAAAUUAAUUAUCGGCUCGAAACCUACGCAAUCAGCAAAAUUGGGCUUAACAGAGAAGCAGAAUGUCGACGCCGAUCCUGAUGGAAACGUCUCAUCGACGUCGGCGAGUGAAUCUACAACCUAAAAUACUCAGGAAAAUAUAAUUGACACGUAUAUUAAUUGUAAAAUAUUAAUUUUUAUUGCGCGGACUGCCGGUAGCGUUCGUUUCAAGUGUACGUACAGAGAAAUCGAAAUGGCCGAGAAUGUGUUCAGGCACAUAAUAGAAUAAUCACGAAAAUAGUUCAGACGUUUACAGAUAGAGAAUAUGAUUUCAAUCCUCCAUUCUCUUAAUCUCUAUCGAUACCGAUACUUUCGAAGACAAAAUUGGACUGGCGGACAUUCAAGCUUUAUAAGUAUAAAGCGUUAUGUGUGUAUAUAUGUAUAUGUACAUACGUGUUUACGCGCGCGCGCGUGUCCCCGUAAUUUCUUUUCUAUAAUAAAGGCAUCGAUAUGUCACGCAUCGA